AUGUACACCAGCGACAGCGAGGCCCCUGAUGGGUUUCACAAGGAAAGAGCUUCUGGGGAAAGAAAUCAGAGUGCGGAUAGCCUAUUUCAGCAGCAUACAACUGGAGUAGGUUCCGCAGCUUAUCGGCAGGGGAGAGACAACGUGACCCGCCAGUCCAAGCUAACGUCUAUGGAUCCUCAGCAUGUUCAGAAUAGAGAUGACCAGUUCGUCUGGCCCUGGAUGGGUGUUCUGGUCAAUGUACCUACUGAAUGGAAAAAUGGGCGCCAUGUUGGAGAGAGUGGGAACCGGUUGAAGGAGAGGCUCUCGUGCUUUUGCCCUCAGAAGGUUAUUCCUUUGUGGAAUUAUAGAGGCCACACAGGGAAUGCUAUUGUUGAAUUUGGAAAAGACUGGAUUGGCUUCAAUAGCGCGCUUGCCUUUGAAAAUCACUUUGAGUCAGAAGGAUAUGGCAAGCUGGAUUGGAAGAUGCGCAAGCAUCGAGGAUCAGAGAUGUUUGGUUGGAUUGCAAGAGCUGAUGAUCAGAAGUCUCCAGGGCCAAUCGGAGAAUAUCUUCAAAAAAAUGGUGACUUGAAAACUAUCUCUGAUGUUGAGGAUGAAGAAACACGCAAAACCGACAAACUGGUAGCUAAUCUAGCUGGCGAGAUUGAGCUAAAGAGAAGGCACGUGGAAGAACUUAAAUGCAAGUACAAUGAGACGACCACCACACUUGACAUGAUGAUGGAGCAAAAGGAUCAGAUCCUCCGUGAAUACACUGAAGAAAUACACAGGAUGCAGCAAAUUGCUCGUGCCCAUUCACAGAGGAUAAUUGAUGAGAAUCAAAAGCGACGUUCAGAACUGGAAUCCAAGAUGCAGGACCUUGACUCAAGAUCCAAGCAGCUCGACGAGUUAGCUGCCCGUAGUGUCUCUGAUAGAAGGAAACUUGAGCACGAGAAGGAAAAGAACGGUGUUAAAACAAAUCACCUGAAGAUGGCAACACUGGAGCAACAGAGGGCUGAUGAAAAUGUGCUCAAGCUUGUGGAAAAACACAAGUUGGAGAAACAAGCCGCUCUAGAUAAGAUUAUCAAGUUGGAGCAGCAACUGGAUGCCAAGCAGAAGCUCGAGUUAGAAAUAAAACAGCUUCAGGGUAAAUUGGAAGUAAUGAAGCAUAUGCCAGGUGAGGAAGAAUCUGAAUCAAAGAAGAAAAUAGAUGAGCUCAGUGAGGAGUUACAAGACAAGUAUGAUGAAAUGGAUGGAAUGGAAUCGCUCCACCGUACUCUGCUUAUCAAGGAACAGAAGAGCAACGAGGAGCUGCAAGAUGCUCGGAAGAAGCUGAUAUAUGGUUUGCAGAAUAUUACAACUGGCCGAGCAAAUAUUGGCAUUAAAAGGAUGGGCGAGCUUAAUCUGAAAUCAUUUGUAGUCGCUCUCAAGAGUAAAUUUUCAAUAGAAGAUGCAGAAGUUACUGCUGCCAUACUUUGUUCAAAGUGGCAGGCUGAGAUUGAAAACCUAGAAUGGCACCCUUUUAGGGUUGUUAUGGUUGAUGGAAAAAAAAUGGAACUUCUCUCUGAGGAUGAUGAGAAGCUUCAUGCUCUGAAGGAAGAGUAUGGUGAAGAAGUGUAUGCUUUGGUAACGAAGGCGCUUCUUGAACUUAACGAGUACAACCCGAGUGGCCGCUGUGCUGUACCAGAGCUGUGGAAUUACAAGGAGGGACGCAAAGCUACACUGAAAGAAGUCUUCCAGUACGUCCUGAGACAGUGGCGGGCGCAUAAGAAGCGAUGAACUAGAUCCCUGAAGCACUGAACUAGGCAAGGUGUUGUGGUUUAGCAUUACCAUGUUACGACCGGGGCGGCUCUCGAUGAUGAGACAGCUAGAAUGUUUUGUACUCCACGAGUUUUGCUGGGUUAUUUUGUCUGUGGUGUAGUUUUGACGUGAGUGAUGCGCACUCGAGACUAUUGCAACGCGAGAUGUUGCAGCAGAUGCCAUUUCCAGGGUGCAAAUGAUGUCUGAAGCAGCACCUGGUAAUGUUGUUCUAGCAGACGAAGAUUUUGGUACGGCACAGUUGAUGUAGCAGCAUUACCUAAUGGGACAAAGCCUUUUUGAGAAUUGCUACCAUACAAGCAAGUAGGUCUGUUGGUAAUACUACCAUAAGUUGAACGGCUUAUGCCUCUGUUUUGAUUUUGA